AUGCUGCAUCUUGCAUACGUAAUUCGUACGUUGUGGCUGACGGAGGUAAUAGCAGAUGAAAAAUUGCCCGAUUGGCCCCAGGCUCCAGCCGCCGAGGCCAUUGAGACAACGGACGCCUUCUGGAAGAUGUUGAAGAAACUGUCAAGCACUUGGAAAGUCGGACUACCCGAAAAAUCUCUGCUGAAUAGAAUGCGGCUGCUGUAUCAGUCCAACAGCGACAUUUCAAGAGAAUUCCAAAGACUUCACAAAAAGGCCCGUAAUGAUAUCUUCCAAGAGAUAGGACAAUGGCUUCCUCGAGACGCAAGUCACAUCACUAAUGCUGCAAUCUCUUUCCAUGUGACCUCUAUGCUCUCUAAUGAGGACGAGGUUGACUGCAUCGAUAUUAGGUUCAAGUGUCGUUAUAGCCGGCGAAAAGAAGCACAGGCUGAACUGAGCUCUCAAAGAUCUAAGGGGCAAGUGGGUAACGGAUCCGAAGAAGAGAAAGCAGAAGGAGGAACAGAAGGAGGAAUCCAAACGAUUUCCACGAGAGGACCGGCGCCAAAGGUCCACAUUCGCACAGACCCGCCGCUAAAGACAGUAGCGCCGAUGCGGAAGAGUAGACGAAAAAGGCACAAAUAG